AGAAUGAUUUCAACUGAAUCACCUGCAUCUCACCACACAGAGAGAAGAUGCUUCAAGAAUUUCCAAGUGCUCGCAUGGACCAUGGCUGGGGCCGCAAUCCUGCUUCUCAGUGCCUGUUUCAUCACCAGAUGUGUUGUAACGUACCGCAGCUUUCAAAUUUAUGGGCAGAAAAGGUUACAGCCACAUGAAACUAUUAAGGAGCUUUCCUGCUACAAUGAAGCCUCAGGUUCAGUCAAGCCUUGCUGUCCUUUGAACUGGAAACAUUUUCAAUCUAGUUGUUACUUUUUCUUUACUGAGGCGGCCCUGUCCUGGCCAUCGAGCUUAAGGAACUGCUCAGACAUGGGAGCUCACCUGGUGGUUAUCAACACAUGGGAAGAGCAGGAAUUCCUUUUUCACACAAAACCUAAAAGGAAAGAGUUUUAUAUUGGACUGACAGACCAGGUGGUGGAGGGUCAGUGGAGAUGGGUUGAUGACACACCUUUCACAGAGUCCCUGAGCUUCUGGGAUGCUGGGGAGCCCAACAACAUAGUUUUGGUGGAGGACUGUGCCACCAUAAGGGAGUCUUCAAAUCCCAGGAAGAACUGGAAUGAUCUGCCCUGUUUCUAUAAUAUGCCUUGGAUUUGUGAAAUGCCAGAAAUAAGGCCUUUGGACUAAGUACAAGGGGGCACAGGAGACAUGGUUUAAAUGCAACAUUCAACAUGGGAAAACGUCCGCAAUCUAUCAUAAGGACCAUAUAUGUAUGUGUCACUCUGAUAUGAGUUGUUCCCAUUGUUAAAAA